ACCGCAGUCCUCGGGAGACAAGAAUCACCUCUGGACAGAAGGUUUAUUAACUACGCUGGUAUUGAGCCGUUCCGUCACAGCUGGUUGAUAGUUGAUGGUGUAAUAAAAAUAAAAGACAAUAACACUUCCCACGACAGACUAAGAGAAACUAUGGGAAACAGGUCAUCCAAAAGAAAGCAGUUCGCUGACCCUUUGUCAGGAUCUUCAGAUUUCGUCAAAGCUGUGAAUUUCGUGUCCAACGAAGCAGCAGCUCAGAACGCAGCUUCCUUAGUUGAGAGAUGGGAAGCUUGGCAGCUGAGCGUCCAUUCAGAGGUGCUGCAGAAGAUGAGAGAAGAUUAUAUCUAUAGACCCAACAGCUUUCUCUUGAAUCUCUUGACGUUGUCCCUUCAGUUCUACAAGAAUUUUCCCAGAGAGAAACCUUCGAUCUUCAAGUACAUGAGAGACCGCGAGAGUGUUCUUGGAGAGAAUCUAUCUCAGUUUCGGAGACACGUUCUAUACACAAAUGGUUACGAGGAAAUAUGUGGCAGUCACAUACUUUAUUUCCCCGAGGACGACCCUUACCCUGAACUAUGUAAUCGCCAGGUAUAUAUUGUGCAAGAAAACAUAGAAGUUUACCCUGAAGACAUGUUCGAAGAAUUACAACGUGCUGAAAAAGACAGUGAUGAAACAGUGUUCAGAUUUUGCUCCGAAUCUUCAAGGAAACACGUCGGUUAUGUUAGAUUACGCAGCAUCGAUGCCUGCCGAGAGCCUUCUUCCCACGACGAUAUCUACGGCGAGUUACACCUCGAUCCAAGCCUCAGUCCUAGGGGUACCUCCAGAGAUUCCGGGAUAUCCGUCCACGGCGAGUGCUCCGCUACAGAAGAGGAAAGGAAAUCGAAAGGCGACGACGAGCUCGAACAUCUGAGGAAGAAGUUGGCCGCCAUUGACGAAUGCAGCGAAGAAUGCGUGGAGGACGACCCCCCCGAGAGUGAGGAAGCCACCAAAGUGUCCUUGAAACGUCGGUGGUCGAAGGUGUCGGUGUCCCUCAAGGAGAAAUACCUCCACGGCUCUGACGAUCAACAGCCCAGCGGUUCUUCGAAUGACAGAGGCGAAGAAGGAGAGGAGUCCCUACAACAGCCCACCAUAAGUGUUCUGAUUCAUCCGAGGUGUUUCACGAAUCGCAGGAUCGUCAUAAGACAAAAGGGCGAUGUCUACGGCACUCAGACGCAGCGAGAGACGAGGACUUACUUGUUGUCGGAGAGAUAUUACGAUCGUUUCAAAGAUGACUUCGAAAAUUUGGUGAAAAUCAUGGACAAGGAGCAUUUACUCUCGAACGACCUCAUGGAAUUACACGCAGCUCUUGUCACUAAUGAGAUGAUAAUAAAGAAUAUAGGACCGAGAGUUAAAACGGAGUUCAUUCCAACAGUCGAGAUGAAGUCUUGGCCCUUGUGUGCUUUUGAAUGGAGAUUGAGGGAAAGGAGAACGCUGUCGGAUCCAGUGAAUAAGACCAUGUACAGGUGGCCGAAGAGCGAAACCAUUACGCAAGUGUUAAAACUCGGAUGCAACCUUGUGCCUCUCGGUCACCACAGCGACUUCGAACAAAAUCCAGCCAGAGUGAUCGAGUGGCAGAUUCAGUUCGCGAAGGCAGAGCAACUCCUCAUGAAGACCCUCGGACACACACAGAUUCGACUUCUGCUGAUCGUGGAACACCUGCUGAGAGACAGUCGGGAGGAAGUGUCGCGCCUUAGCCUCCAAAUCUACCGCCAUCUCGUCUUCUGGAUGUGCGAGCACAACUUCCGGGACUGGCAGGAAGAGAGACUGGGGACCAAAGUGAAAUCCUUUCUGAAGUUCUUUUACAGUUGUCUGAGGAAAAGGAAUCUGCCCCAUUAUUUCAUCAAUAAAUGUAAUCUUCUUGAAACUCUCCCCGAACAGAGCUUGAGAAGAACUCAGGUUCUUUUGAGAAACAUGAUGGACAACUUGCCCCUCUACUUAAUGCACACGAUCACAAGGAUGGGCACAGAGGACGAGUACUACGAGAUCAUCAGCGCUGAAGAGAUCUACGACAUCGUCGCUCCAACAAAGUUCACUAUUGCGCAUAUCCUUCCCAUGCUCUUACUGCGCAAGGGGGAUUCUUCUGUUGCUCAUUCGGGCAGCGAUGGUGAGGACGAAACCAAUGAUAUCCAUCACCUUCAACUAAAGAUGGAGUUGCACCGUCUUCGCGAGGAACGCGCGAAGAAAAAACCCUCCAAGUCGAAGAAUGUGUCCUUCAAGGACGAAACCAAACCGAAGCCCCGGAGAGGCGCGAAGACGAACACAAAGACGAAGACGAAAACUGAGUCGACGAUCGACCUGUCUCCGAAGCGGUUCAGCGCGGAAAAGAUCCGGUCGGAGAGGCUAGUCACUCUUUUCGCCUAUCAUUUCGUCGGCAUGGCGCACUCGUCCAACGAAUUCGAGUGCUAUUCCCAAGCCUUCAUGUACCACCUCCUGGCCAAGACUUUGGUGACUCUCUUGGAGGAGAUGAAGAGGAAAGUUGGUCAGGAUUUAAAGCAGAAGAUAAGCCACGAGAGAAAGGUUUGCCUGGAGGGCAUCCAGGGGCUUCUGAAAGAUAACUGGGUCAUGUCAGAUGCCGGGGACAUCAUGUCGACGGCCAUUCACGUUUCUGGGUUUAUUUCCGAAAUGAAUACUACGCAAGAAGCAGAACCCGCGCCCGCGCAAAGAAACACCUUCCCUCUUCGUUCAGGUUCAUCCUCUUCGUCAGAGUCUAUAGAAGAAAGUCAUCUUUGAUCCGUUUAUUCUUAUGAUCACCUUCUUCAUCUCCUAACACCUCCACGUUUGUUACGGGCUGCUGUGAAGCAAGAGCCCGUGCCAGCACAAGGCUGGCUUAAUCUAACGACGAACUCUACGCGCAUAACAUGAUUGACACGGUCUAAAAGACUAUUGGCUUGGACGUUAUUCACGUAUUCUUAAUUUUAGAAAUUCACUAUUUUUUUAUAUCCAACGCCUUUCCAGGCUAACAUGCUUUAUACAGAAGUCUUUAUAAGCCUUUAUUUGACAUUCUCCGCUUUUUAUACACGUUUUCAUGAUCUAUUUUUUUCUGUAAUAAUCACAAAAAAGUAUGGAAUGAAACACACCUUCUAGUCAGUAGUAUUAACUAGUCUACCUUCCAUACCGUAAGAGAAUAUUGUCUGUGAAAUACAAAUCAACAUUGUAAGACAUUCUUUAUUUAACACAAAGUCUUAUUUAUUUUCCCUGUUUUCCAUUAUUCCUGAUUUGUAGUCAGCUGAGCUCCCGAAAAUGUACCAAUUAAAGGUAGAAAUAUU